AUGGUCUUUAUGGCUUUAUGCCAGUUUUUACCUUUUUUCUUUUUAAUUCUUUGUUGUUCUUUUCAUUUGAUAAGUAGCCAACCUUAUGAUUAUCCAUCUGCAAAUCUUUCUACAACUUGGGUUAACAGCAUUUCUGCAGACCAUUCAGUGGAUUUCAGUGAUGGCUCAACAGUAAGAGCCAUACUACUCAAAGGAACUUUUGGUCCAAAAUAUGCUUGUGGUUUCUACUGUAAUGGCAAUUGUGAUACUUACCUCUUUGCCAUUUUCAUCGUGCAAACUAACAGCGUGUCCCGAAUUACUUCUCCAUCGAUUGGAUUCCCACAGGUCGUUUGGUCUGCAAACAGGAAUAAAACUGUAAGGAUCAAUUCUACUUUGGAACUUACAGCACAAGGAGAUUUGGUGCUUAGAGAUGCUGAUGGUACUUUGGCUUGGUCAACUAACACUACUGGCAAGUCUAUUGCUGGCUUAAACUUGACAGAUGAGGGGAAUCUUGUUCUGUUUGAUUCGAAGAAUGCAACUGUUUGGCAAUCGUUUGAUCACCCGACUGAUGCUUUAGUUCCAGGGCAGAGGUUAGUAUCCGGGAUGAAACUGACAGCAAGUGUUUCAACGACGAAUUGGACAGAGAGAGGUUUGUUUUCCCUCUCUGCUAUUGAUAAUGGUUUGGUUGCUUUCAUAGAGUCAAAUCCUCCCCAAACAUACUUUGACGCGACUAUUGUUGGAUUGAAUGCAAGUAGAGGCUCAAAUUAUGUAGUGUAUUUGAAUGGUAGCUUAGCUUUACUCUCGAACUCUAGUAAUUCCAGCGAUUCAGAGAAACUGGUUUCAUUUAGUGUAGCGACGUCAGCUCAAUAUAUGAGACUGGAGUCUGAUGGACACUUGAAAGUGUAUGAGUGGCAAAAUGGGUGGACUGAGGUGGAUGAUCUCCUCACAGGUUUUUACGGAGAGUGUUAUUAUCCCAUGGCAUGUGGGAGAUAUGGCAUUUGCUCAGGGGGGCAGUGUAGUUGUCCCAAAUCGAGCUCUAAUUCAACGACCUAUUUCAGACAGAUAGAUGAUAGACAGGGUAAUCUGGGUUGCUCUGAGGUCACAAGACUUACAUGUAAUGCUUUAAGUAACCACAGAUUUUUGGAUCUUCAAGAUGUGGACUAUUUCACAUUUACGACAGAUAUCAGAAACACUAGUAUGAAUACCUGUAAAGAUGCAUGUUUGAGGAACUGUUCCUGUAAAGCUGCUUUGUUUCGCAGUGGUUUAAACUCAUCCACGGGGGACUGCUACUUACCAUCCCAGAUCUUUUCACUAGCGAAUAAUGAGAAGGACAAGACAAGGUAUGAUUCCCAUGCAUUUAUAAAAGUACAGGUUGAACCUGAAGUAGCUGCUGCUGAAGAGAAAAAGCGUGUUAAUGGUGCUAUACUGGGAUCUGUCAUAGGAGUUUCCAUUUUAGGGAUCAUAAUUGGAGUUGCAGUUUUCAUAUUCUGGAAGAAGAGAAAGGCUAAUGAAGAUGAGGAGGAUUAUCUAGAUCACGUACCAGGAAUGCCGACUAGAUUUUCUUACGAUGAUCUAAAGGCUGCAACGGAGAACUUCACCAAGAAGCUUGGUCAAGGAGGAUUUGGGUCAGUUUUUGAAGGGUGCUUAGCGGAUGGCACAAAGAUUGCAGUGAAAUGCCUUGAUGGAAUAGGACAAGUCAAAACGUCAUUCUUAGCUGAGGUUGAAACUAUUGGCAGCAUACAUCAUGUAAACUUGGUGCAAUUGAUUGGCUUCUGCGCUGAGAAAUCUCACAGGCUUUUAGUAUAUGAGUGCAUGAGCAACGGAUCACUAGAAAAAUGGAUCUACCACGGGAAACAGGAGCAAACUCUAGACUGGAACUGCAGGAGGAAGAUUAUUCAAGACAUAGCCAAAGGAUUAGCCUACCUUCACGAAGAAUGCAGGCAAAAGAUUCUGCAUUUGGAUAUUAAGCCCCCAAACAUACUCCUGGAUGAGAAGUACAAUGCUAAACUCGCUGACUUUGGGCUUUCAAAGCUAAUUGAUCGGAAUCAGAGCCAAGUUAUGACUCAGAUGAGAGGCACUCCUGGUUAUUUGGCUCCUGAAUGGCUUAGUGGAGUUAUAACAGAGAAGGUAGACGUCUAUAGCUUUGGCAUUGUGAUCUUGGAAAUUUUGAGUGGAAGAAGACAUUUUGAAGCAUUGGAGUCUGAAGACGAACAGGUAAUGGUGAACUUAUUCAGGAGAAAAGCAGAGGAAGGGCAGUUGGUUGAUCUUAUUGAUAAGCACAGUGAAGAUAUGCAGUUUUACAAAGAAGAAGUAGUCAAGGCAAUGCAGAUUGCUGCCUGGUGUUUACAAAGUGAUUACACGAAGAGGCCAUCAAUGUCGAUGGUGGUCAAGGCCAUGGAGGGUGUUAUAGAUGUUGACAAGGAUCUAGACUACAGCUUUAGACCACAAACUGUUUCCGCAAUACCAAAUAUCUGUUUUGCAGAUUCAGCUCCUUUACUGCCUUCGGUCCUAUCAGGCCCUAGGUGAGGAGGAAGUUCCUUGGAAUUUUUGUAAAUUUCUUGUUUUUAUGCUAUUGCAGCUUGUUUGCUGCUGUGUAAAUUUCUUCUCCAAUGUUCACGAAGUUAUGAUUGUUGUCUUCAAUUUUAUUCA